AUGGGCAACGCGUGCUGGGAGCUGUACUGCCUGGAGCACGGAAUUCAACCAGACGGAGUGUGUCCCUCUCCAGAAUCAAACGACGGGUUCCAGACAUUCUUCAACGAAACAGAAACGGGUCAUUUUAUCCCAAGAGCAGUUCUUAUCGACUUGGAGCCAACAGUUAUCGACGAAGUACGGUCGGGAACUUACCACCGGCUGUUCCACCCUGACCAGAUGAUAACCGGUAAAGAAGACGCCGCUAAUAACUUCGCCAGAGGGCAUUACAGCCUCGGCCGGGAGAUUAUCGACGAGGUGCUGGACAAGUUGCGGCACGUCGUCGAUAAGUGCGAGGGCUUGCAAGGAUUCCUGAUCUUCCACGCGUUCGGCGGAGGAACCGGCUCUGGACUGACCUCUCUUUUGAUGGAACGGCUGUCGCAGGACUACGCGAAGAAGUCCAAGCUGGAGUUCGCGAUCUAUCCCUCCCCUCACAUUUCUACCGCGGUGGUGGAGCCUUACAACGCCAUCUUGACGACGCACACCACACUGGAGCACUCGGACUGCGCUUUUCUGGUCGAUAAUGAAGCGAUCUACGAUCUCUGUCGUCGGUGUCUUACCAUCGAUCGGCCAACUUACACUAACCUUAACAGGAUAAUUGGGCAGAUAGUGUCGUCGAUCACCGCGUCUCUGAGGUUCGACGGAGCGCUCAACGUCGACCUGACCGAGUUCCAGACGAAUUUGGUGCCUUAUCCCAGGAUCCACUUUCCUUUGGCAACCUACGCGCCAAUUAUUUCCACGGAAAAGGCCUAUCAUGAGCAGCUCAGUGUGAUGGAGCUCACUGCGGCUUGCUUCGAACCCGGGAACCAAAUGGUCAAGUGCGACCCCAGGAAGGGAAAGUACAUGGCCUGCUGCUUGCUCUAUCGCGGCGAUGUUGUUCCUAAGGAUGUCGGGAUAAAUUACCAACCUCCAACGGUAGUUCCGGGAGGAGAUCUUGCUAAAGUACAGAGGGCAGUAGCGAUGCUUGCGAACACUACUGCGAUCGUCGAACCCUGGAUGCAGCUCAAUAGAAAGUUUGAUCUUUUGUACAGUCGCAGAGCUUUUGUUCACUGGUUAGUGUAUAUCGGUGAACAAAUGGAAGAAAGUGAAUUUAAUGAAGCACGCGAUGACUUAUCAGCUCUAGAAAAAGACUACCGCGAAGUUGCAAUGGACGCAAUGGACGUCGGCGGCGAAGAUGAAGUCUAA